GAGCAGGGGCAAAACUUGCUGCCAGCGCAACGGCGUGCCAACCAACGAGCAGUCAUUCGCUGGUCAACGGUGAAGCAGUGAAAACAACCUUUCCGCGGUUUUCCCCCCUUUGCGAGGAGUGAUCGGAGUGCUCGGAGUAUCUGGAAAAACUGUCUAGUUUUCGGUGGAAAAGUUUUCCAGAUCCAGAGUUGUUACGGAAAAGCGCGAUCGUGAAGUUUUGAAAAAAUUUCUUUGUUUCACAAAGAUUUUUGAAAGGAAAAAAAACAAGCAAAACAGUGCGAAAACCGGAAGUGCUCAAAGUUUGUCGGAGUGAAUUUAUCAAACUUUAACUGUGCAACUUAAAGUGUGACCAAAAGCAAUCCCCAACCCAAACCCAAAAUGAGGCCUCCAUCGCACUUUGGCAACGACAUCACCAACACCGCCGCCAACGACGGAAAUAACAACAGCAGCAACAACAACAACAACAAUAACAACUCCGGAAGUGGUGGUGGAGAUGACAAUAACAACAACAACAACAACCGGAACACGAUCGUGGCCCGGCUCACGGAGAUGGGCGCGACGAUGAUGUUCCCCAAGAUUGCAGGUCGCGGAAUCAUCCGGGUCGUGGAGCGGUGCGACGACGCCAAAGAGAAUAGUAAUUUAGAUCUCUCCGAGUGCGAGCUGAUUCAGGUUCCAGAUGCGGUCUACCAUCUGAUGAGACACACUGAGCUGAAGACGUGCGACCUCAGCGGCAAUGUCAUCACGAAAAUCUCGCCCAAGUUUGCGGUCAAGUUCAGCUUGAUCACCGAGCUCAACCUGUCGCACAACCAGAUGGCCAAGCUGCCGGACGAGCUGGCCGACCUGCACUCGCUGCAGCAGCUGGACAUCUCGCACAACUCCUUCAUCACGCUGCCCGCCGUCGUGUUCAAGAUGCCGAAGCUGCGCGAACUGCGCGCCCACAACAACGCCAUCAUCGACAUCGACCGGGACGAGAUCAUCACGUCGGACUCGCUCGAGCUGGUCGACCUGCGGCACAACCCGCUCACGCCAAUGUGCCACGAGCUGCUCCGGAACGCGAACGUCUCGUUCCGGAUCGAGCUGUCCGAGCGGGAAAAGGAAGAGUGGGAGGACCUGACGAUCUGAUCGGAGUGUUUGGAGCGCAAUGAUCUUCCUGCCCGCGGGUCGUCUCGCCAGUUGCCCGCCAAGUUAGCUUUUAGUUAGUUUAUACGGUUUACAAAGAUCGUACCAGAAACUCUCUGUUUAGCGUUAAGACACUCUGUUCAGAACUCCUUGUGUAUUCUUUUGUGUAUUCAGCGCAUCAGCACGCGCCAACAGUUAUACUUAAUUUAGUUUGAGACUUGAGAGUGUUUAUUGAUUAGGACGUGAGCAGUGAAAACGCAACUCUAUUAGCCAAGUAAGACACGCAUACGUAUAAAGAGGAAUGCAAACUUGUAUUUAGUGACUAACCCGUACUUACCGUGUAUUAUACAAAACGAGAAACAAUGUAAAUCUACUGUAAAAAAAUGAGAAUUGCUUGCGAGAUUGUAAAAAAAAGAGAAAAUUUUGAUCUAGUCAUUCAGAGAGCAACUUAAAGGAAAAAGUACAGAGUAAAUGCAAGUGAGGCAUGUGAAGUUGAUCAAAAUUUUAUACGCACAAACACACGCACUAAAGAAAAAAGAUGUUGCAUCCGACCGAUUAUGCGUAAUUUAUGUAAAAUAAUGCGAGUGAUAUUACCUACUAGAGGAGUAAGUCAAUAUAGUUAAUAUAUUAUAUACAGUGUUUUUGUCUUUCCGGAAUGGUAACCGAUUAGAGCAAAGUUUGUGUGUUUUUGUCGAGGGAAACAAAAAUAACGAUGUGAUGUGCAAUAGCAGCGUUUGUACGAGAUUUCGAACAAAAUUUACCCAGAAUGAUGCAAUAAAACUAUGUUGAAGGAA